AUUACUGCUCUGUCUCUCUCCAGCGCAACCACCUCACAGCAAGCUGACCGAAGGUCCGCAGACUACCAUAGACAGUAGGCUACAGAGCACGCGGUUUGACUGGCUCACGCUCACCGGACUGAUUAUCCCUCACGUGUCGGGACUCGCGAACGGAAGGCUCGGCUACGCCGUGCAACACCUGACUUCAACUACACGCAGCUGUUAUGGGCACGCUCAGAGAUCUCCAGUUCGCUCUCCAGCUGAAGAUUGAGGAGUUGAGGCAGAGGGAUGCUCUGAUUGAUGAACUUGAACUGGAGCUCGACGCCAAAGACGAUCUCAUCCGCCGUCUGCAGGGAGAGUUAGACCGGCUGCGAUUAACCAUCAGCACCUCAUCCUCAUCCAUGGGGCAGCACCAUGUUGCGUCUCUGAGGGCAGAGAGACGAGCCGUGCAGGCGACCUGUACGAGCGUGGAGUCUGAGCAGCUCCUUCACAGUCCUCCCCUGAGUCAUAGCAAGAGUCAGGAGUCUCGGCGAGUGAUUGAGGCCGCGCUGAGGGAGAGUGAGUGGCUGAUGAGCACGGGGCAGGAGCCGCUGCAGGCGCUGGUGGACGCGGCUUACCCGGCCACGCUCCCCCAGGGGGCGCCACUCACACAGGAGGGCGAGGAGGUGUCCCAGGCCUUCAUCCUGGAAGAGGGAAAACUUGAGGUGUCCAGUAGUGGCCAGAAGGUGCACAUAAUUGAAGUGGGAAUGCUGUUUGGAGAACUAGCUCUCCUAUAUAACUACACCUGUACUUCUACUGUCAAAGCCCUGAUGAACAGUAAGCUGUGGGUGAUCGAGCAUCAGACGUUUCAGAGAGCCAUGCAGAAGAGCAGCCUCCUCAGACUCACCCAGUGCCUGGACCUUCUCCACAGAGUGCCGCUUCUCUGUGGCCUGCCCGAGGACACCCUCAUUAAAGUCUCCGAUACUCUGGAGGAGUUGCAUUACAGCGACGGGGACGUCAUUCACUGUGGCUCUGUGGGGGAGGCCCUCUUCAUCGUGAGCCAGGGUCAGGUACGGGUACUGGAGCAGCGUUUGGCCGGCGAGGAGAGCGCCUGUGUGUCCGUCCUCUCCAGAGGAGACUGCUUCGGAGAGAGAGAGCUAAAAGGAGAGGCCAUAAGGUUACUGAGUGCUGUUGCCUCGGGCGAUGUCACAUGUCUGGUCACAGACAGAGAAUCUAUCCAGAGAUUUAUGGGAGCAGAGGACAACAGCAGGGAGUGUGAGUCUGGCGAGCCCAAGGCCAAGCCAGAGGUGGGAGGGGCCGAGCUGUGUGAUGUGUCCUCCAGUGACGUGCAGGUUCUGUGUAACCUGGGAGAGGGACGCUUCGGCCACACGCAGCUGGUGCAUCUGAAAGAGGACGCCAGCCGCAUGUUGGCGCUGAGGAUCAUACGGAAGAGAGCAUUAGUGAGCCCUAGCCAAAGAGAACGAGUCCUGGCCGAAAAACAAAUCACAAUGGAUGCCCACUGUCCGUUCAUAGUCAGGUUGUACUCUACUUUCAGAGAUGCUAAGUGUCUGUACAUGCUGACGGAGGCAUGUUUAGGCGGAGAUCUGUGGACCUUGCUAAGAGACAGGGGUCCGUUUGAGGAGAGCGUGACGUGCUUCUACACAGCCUGUGUGCUGGAGGCUCUGGCUUGCCUCCAUGACCGAGGUGUCGUUCACAGAGACCUCAAGCCAGAAAACGUCCUGCUGGACCAGAGAGGAUACGCCAAGCUGUCGGGAUUUGCCUGUGCUAAGAAGCUGGACUCUCUGCACAGGGCCUGGUCCUUCUGUGGGUCACCAGGUCACCAGGCCCCAGAGGUCAUCCUGCAGAAAGGUCACAGCCUGCCCGCUGACCUCUGGGGUUUAGGGGUGUUUGUGUAUGAGCUACUCAACGGCAGUCCCCCGUUCACAGGUGCCGACCUGCUAAAGACCUGUGCAGCGGUUCUGAAGGGGAUUGAUGCCGUGGAGUUCCCGAGGUCGAUCAGCAGAGCCGCGGCCGAACUCGUCAAGGGGCUUUGCAGGGAGGACCCCAGCAAGAGACUGGGCUGUGGGACCCUCCUCAAGGACGUCCGUGGACACAAGUUUUUCGAGGGGUUUGACUGGGAAGGUCUCCUCAUGGGCUCACUCACUCCACCAAUAGUUCCAAAUGUUCACAGUCUAUUGGAUUGUAGUGGCGCCUGUUCUAGCAGCGAGAGCCACACAAAUUUAUCUCCCGUAGACGACUCGGACUGGGACAAGGAUUUCUGAUCCAUCCUUUGGUCAGAUAUGGAUUAGGCAGAUGGACAAAUCCUAACGAACGUCUUUAAUACUGAGAGCGCUCUAGUUCAUCUCGUGAUGGAUUGUUUCCGCCCACCGAAUGCAAGCGUGCGAAAGCUGAAAAGGGAAUUCCUUUGUACUUGGUGAUCAUUGUGGCGCAGUCCAGUCAUCCUGUUUCUAAUGUUUGGGUGUUAUCUGUUAUCUUCCCAGUAAAGCUCGUAGAUGUGACAUGAAUGUGGAAUUACCGUGGUGCCACAAAAGGGUGAAACGGGUUGCAAAUUUUCAGCACGAAAGAAAGUUGUGAAGAAAAUGUUGUGAUUACCCGUCAGGGCGAGACGGAUAAUAAUUAGCAAAAAAAUAAUGCAAAAAUGCAAAAUAUA